GUAACUUUCAAACCGGAAUCAUGAACUGGCACUUCCCACUUCUCUUUAUUCUUGGGACUUUAACAUCUGUAUGCUCCCAAUUCAGUUUUUAUCCUCUGGAAGAACUGAGCUCUGAUGUUGGGAUCCAGGUCUUCAAUCAGAUAGUGAAAACUAAACCUCAGGACAAUGUUGUGGUUUCUCCACAUGGGAUUGCAUCAGUAUUGGGUGUGUUACAGCUGGGUGCUGAUGGCAAGACAAAGAAGCAGCUGACAACUAUGAUGAGAUACAGCGUAAAUGCAGUUGGAAGCAAGGAGGAGAGCCAGCAUCAUGAGACCAGCCAGCUCUCCCCGGACCACCAGCAAGUGCUCCGUGGACCACCAGUGGUCCACAGAAUACUGUUUGAGAACCUCUGUUAUGGAGUUGGUAAAGCGUUAAAGAAGAUAAACAGGCUCAUAGUCUCAAAAAAGAAUAAAGACAUUGUUACAAUUGCUAAUGCAGUAUUUGCAAAGAAUGGCUUUAAAAUGGAAGUGCCUUUUGUUACAAGGAACAAAGAGGUGUUUCAGUGCAGUGUCAAGAGCGUGGACUUUGAGGACCCAAAUGCAGCAUGUGAUUCCAUUAACCAGUGGGUGAAAAAUGAAACGAGGGGUAUGAUUGAUCAAGUUGUAGCUCCAGAUGAUAUUGAUGGCAGCUUGACCAGACUGGUUCUGGUGAAUGCUGUCUAUUUCAAGGGCUUAUGGAAAUCACGAUUUCGACCUGAAAAUACAAAGAAACGUCCUUUUUAUGGAGCUGAUGGGAAGACCUACCAAGUUCCUAUGUUGUCCCAGCUAUCUAUCUUCCGCUGUGGCACUACAAGUACCCCAAAUGACCUGUGGUAUAAUAUAAUAGAGUUGCCUUACCACGGUGAAAUGAUAAGCAUGCUGAUUGCGCUGCCCACGGAAAGCACAACCCCGCUUUCUGCUAUCAUCCCCCACAUCAGCACAAAGACAAUAGGAAGCUGGAUGACAACCAUGGUAGCGAAAAGAGUGCAGGUUAUUUUACCCAAAUUUACAGCAGUAGCAGAAACAGACUUAAAGGAGCCUCUGAAAACGCUUGGUAUUACAGAUAUGUUUGACCAGUCAAAGGCAAACUUUGCAAAAAUAACAAGAACAGAAAGCCUUCACGUAUCUCAUGUUCUGCAAAAGACAAAAAUUGAAGUUAGUGAAGAUGGAACCAAAGCUUCUGCAGCAACAACUGCAAUUUUAAUAGCCAGGUCAUCUCCUCCUUGGUUCAUAGUAGACAGGCCAUAUGUAUUUUUGAUCCGGCACAAUCCAACAGGUACAAUCUUGUUUAUGGGACAAAUAUUCAAGCCUUGAAUGUGGAAUAGACUUCCUUCAAGAAGUCACCAGUCAUGUGACGCGUCCCCGCUCUGUUAAAUAUUUUGUACACUACUUUCUGACUUCACUCAAGAACUAGUUUUUAACCACUGGCUAGGUUUUGAAAACGGAGUCGAUGUAGUUCUGGCUUUGUGGCAGAAAUACAGAUUGAAAGCUACAAUAUCUUUUUGAAAUGUCUAGAAGUCUUUAAACUACUGAAUGGUUACCUAUGCUAGCAAACUUCGAGCUUCUCCUGUAUCUACUAAGAAUUUUAUGUAUGCCUUUUGUGAGAGGAUUUUAAAGAAUGAAAAAUGUUCCUAUUAAUGUUGGUUUCUCCUUGCGUGUGAAAAGAUUUAAUUUUGUAGAUACUGCCUAUCAAGAUACCUUCUGGUUCUCGAGUAUCUUGGUACUUGGCUAUUCUUGGUAGAAAUAGAUUAAAAGUUUUAGCGACUUUUUAUUUUAUAUAGUGCAUGCAUCA